AGACAGUGAGAGAAGGGAGUGUUUUCCCGUCAGACGCUGAACUUUUAGGAGUCCGGUUAAAUUCCACCAGAACUUUAUUUAUCAUAUUUUAGACUGACCAGUCCAACCACCCGCGUUGGUUUUAUUUUCGUCCGAGGAUUGAUCGUUUAAUUCGGUUGUUGUUGUGUUUUUACGUGUCGGACGAUAGCAGGCUAGCGUAGUUAGCCCGGUUAGCUCGUUAGCCGAAGUGCGGAGAAUCCAUAAUGCCCACGCUGCGGGACAGCACCAUGUCCCACCCCGGAGAAAACCCGCACCAGGUCCGGGUGAAAGCAUACUACAGAGGGGACAUAAUGAUAACACACUUCGAGCCCUCCAUCUCUUAUGAGGGGCUGUGCAGUGAAGUGCGGGACAUGUGCUCCAUGGACAACGACCAGCUCUUCACUAUGAAAUGGAUUGACGAAGAAGGAGAUCCGUGCACAGUUUCUUCUCAGCUGGAGUUGGAGGAGGCUUUGCGUCUCUACGAACUCAACAAAGACUCUGAGCUCAUUAUUCACGUGUUUCCCUGUGUUCCUGAGAAACCUGGAAUGCCAUGUACUGGAGAAGACAAAUCAAUAUAUCGCCGUGGAGCUCGACGCUGGAGGAAGCUCUACUAUGCCAACGGACAUGCGUUUCAAGCCAAACGCUUCAACAGGCGAGCUCAUUGUGCCAUCUGCACGGAUCGUAUCUGGGGUCUGGGCAGGCAGGGAUACAAGUGCAUAAACUGUAAACUGCUGGUGCAUAAGAAGUGCCAUAAAUUGGUCACAGUGGAGUGUGGUCGACAGGUUAUACAGGACCCAAUCAUUGGAAGAAUUGAUCCAGGGUCCACUCCUGAACACGCUGACCAAGUUCUAGACAAAAAGAACUCUACAGAAAGCAUCAAUCAUGAGGGAGAGGAGCACGAGGCUGUAGGCAGUCGGGUGUCGGGGAAGGCUGUGUCCAGUUUGGGCCUAUCAGACUUUGACCUGCUGAGGGUGAUCGGCCGGGGAAGCUACGCCAAGGUGCUCCUAGUGCGUCUAAAGAAGACGGAACGCAUCUACGCCAUGAAGGUGGUGAAGAAGGAGCUGGUGAACGACGACGAGGAUAUUGACUGGGUUCAAACAGAAAAGCAUGUGUUUGAGCAGGCCUCCAACCAUCCAUUCCUCGUGGGACUUCAUUCUUGCUUCCAGACCGAGAGCAGGCUGUUCUUUGUCAUCGAGUAUGUGAAUGGAGGGGAUCUAAUGUUCCAUAUGCAGAGACAGAGAAAACUUCCAGAAGAGCAUGCCAGGUUUUACUCGGCAGAGAUCAGUCUGGCUUUGAACUACCUCCACGAGCGUGGCAUCAUAUACAGGGAUCUGAAGCUCGACAAUGUGCUGCUGGACUCCGAGGGACACAUCAAACUCACAGAUUACGGCAUGUGCAAGGAGGGUCUGAGACCAGGAGACACGACCAGCACGUUCUGUGGAACCCCCAAUUACAUCGCCCCUGAGAUCCUGAGAGGAGAAGACUACGGUUUUAGUGUGGACUGGUGGGCGUUGGGCGUCCUGAUGUUUGAGAUGAUGGCUGGUCGGUCACCCUUCGACAUAGUGGGCAGCUCUGAUAACCCUGACCAGAACACAGAAGAUUAUCUCUUCCAAGUCAUUUUGGAAAAGCAGAUCAGAAUUCCUCGAUCGCUGUCGGUUAAAGCCGCAAGUGUUCUGAAGGGGUUUCUAAACAAGGAGCCAAAGGAACGGCUCGGAUGUCAUCCUCAGACAGGCUUCGCAGACAUCAUGGCCCAUCCUUUUUUCCGAAAUGUAGACUGGGAUCUCAUGGAGCAGAAGCAAGUGGUCCCGCCCUUUAAGCCCAACAUUUCCGGCGAGUUCGGGCUGGAUAACUUUGAUGCCCAGUUCACCAAUGAGCCCAUUCAACUGACGCCCGACGAUGAUGACGUUGUUAAGAAGAUCGACCAGUCCGAGUUUGAAGGGUUCGAGUACAUCAACCCCCUGCUGAUGUCUGCGGAGGAGUGCGUGUAGACGGCUCGCCCGCCUGCCUUUUUACUCGCAUGGGCGCAAACAAUCAAAUGAAAGGAAACAACGACUUGGUUUGUUGGGGCCAUUCGAAACACUAAAUUUGCCAAAACUCUUUCACUUUCUGCCAUAUGCAACCACUAGUCCUUAAGUCUUGAUUAUUUUUGUAUGAUGUCAGUCUGCACUGAUAGAAGAUGAUUUAAUGGUGCCUUGGCACAUUAACCAACAUUGGUUGGAAGGUCAGUUUUAGGUUACCGGACACUCGUCAGACUAAAGGAAAAGACUGACCGUGAUGGUACGCGGGACUAGUCCUGAUGAUGUUUUGAUAUACGUUUUAUUUGUACAUACUAAAGAAAAACAUUGAGCAUAUAUAGUAUACUGUUUUUUAGACACACGUCAGAUUACAUGGGAUAUUCUUGAAAACAUGUUUCUCAUCAGCCAAAUGUAGAGCAAGAAAGAAAAAAAUGGAAGUGAUUGUUUUAAUUUUUUAUUUAAGUAUAUUGUAAUCUAUAUAGAAUGUGUGCAGAAUCAGUUUUCCAAAAAACAAAUCUCUAGAUUGAUUGGAGGCGUGGCCUCUGAUUGGAUUAAAAAUAGCAGGGAGAGAAUGGAUUCAAGGAACACUAACGGACACCGUUGUGAACACUGACAAACUGUGAAGGGUGGCGUUUUCUGUACAGAGAGGAGAAGGUUGAGAGAUUGUUGAAUGGACGUAAUGUACAACGAUACAGGACCAAAACAAGACACUAAAGCGAGUAUGUCAUUACUCUCAAACUGCUGCAUGUAUAAAGUGUUUCUCACUGUUUUGUCAUUUAUUUUAUUCUUUUUGUGGUGUUUUGCGAUACAUUGCCUUUUUUCUUCUCUUUUUGUAUAUUUAACAAAUGAUCAAUGGAUGUUUGUUUUGUUUUCUGAACUGUCAUUGAGCAGCCUUUUUUUGCCCCGUGGGGAGAUUUCACGUCAGAUCAGAUACAUGGCAUCCUUAGGGCCUCUGGAUCGUGUUUGGCCCCCAUGUGCCCGUGAGUGACACCCAGCUCUCUGGGUGGUGCGUUUCCUUCACAGAUCAUAUCGGAGCACGUCUUUCAGAUGCUACAGCGAAAGGACCUUUGACACUAAUGACCAAAUGAUAACAUAGAAACGUCCUCUCGCAUUCCUGGCCAUGCAGAUAUCAACACUCCUACAUUUUUAUCAGCCUGGUGGUAGAAAUGAUAAAACGGCCAUUAAUGCAUAGCUUGCUAAGGUUUUAAAAAAGCCAUCAGGGGCCAAGGUGGAACUGGAAAUGUAUCAUUUUGUUUCUGUAUGUAUUAAAAACACUAUCAACUGACUGGAAUUAACUGUACCUCCUUUUUUGUUAACACCUAAUUAAAGUAUUUAAGGAAAUCUCA